AUGCGAUUCCUUAUCUGCAUUCUACCAAUAAUUUACACCUUAGCUGACGAGGCAGCAAGUGGACAAUUCACUACAGCUCCACAAUGUCGAUGCAAGGAUAUCGACGAUUGUUCGGCUGACUUUUUCACAAAACAAGCAGCUUGCAAGAGAGAAGAUCAAUGCUUGAACAUACUGAAGAAAGUCGGUGAUCCAAACAAAAUUCGUCAAUGUCUUGAUAUCGAGCACUCAACAGUGCAUAAAGUUGAAGGAUGUGUGAAGAAGAAGAUCAAUGGGGAAUUAGGAUGCACAAAUGAUGCGAUACCGAAAAAUCUGACAAUUCCAUUGAUUCCAGUGAUCGAAUCACCGCUAGAAGAUGAUUCUGAAGGAGCACAGGCACAAGAACCAUCUACUCCCAAUCAGGUUCCUCCAGAACUUGGAAAGUAUGUGAUGUGCGUUGAUCAAUGUGCAAUGGGUGAUGAUGCUGAAUUCACUGGAAUUGGACGACGAAAGAAACGAUCGGCGAUCAAUUGCGCCUUCAAGUUGAAAUGUGCCCUUUCUCCUCCAGACGAUCGAAUCCAACGAGCUUUCCUCGAGUGUGAGAACCAAUUGGGCAUUCAGCCACAGAAAAAGAUCAAGGAGAGUUGCGAGUGCUUGAAAGGAGCUGGAGUCAAGAUUGAAUGUCCUAUUGAU